AAAUGAAAAUGUGGGUCUCUGUUUAAAAUAUUAGCGAGGAUUUCAAGACCGUGACAGCAGAGAUGUAACCAAGCUAUUAAACCAAGCCUGGGACUGUGUACACAGAUCUCAGACCCAUUAAAUCUGCCUGGGAUGCUGAGCAUUUCUGAUUCUUCCUUUAAACUAUGUUCUCACUUGUUGAACAAAUCCACGUUUUAUAAUAUUCUAUUAGGAGGAACUCAACCACGAUCCAUGCACCAGGUUGAUAAAACCAAAUACCCGGAUUUGGGACGAUGCUGUCAGAUCUUUCUCCUAGUAACCAGUCUUCUCUGAGGAAGUUGGAGGGCCAUUGCCCAGGCCCUGACUCCAGACCACCACGUCUUCCCCAAUCCCUCGUCCCAAUCUCCCUCUAAAGCACCAUCACGGCGGCCAGAGAGCCCGGACUAGUCUUACAGAGAUCACUGAACUGCUUGCCUCCCAACUUAGACCCUGAGUACUUAGGGAACGAUGGAGCCCAAGCACCAAGGGCCAUUGAAAUGGCUUCUAAAAGGGCGCUGGACAUUUGUUCACACUACAGAUUUCAUGGCCCCACCUACUAAAUCAAGCUCUCCUCAAACAGUAGGGCCCAGGAAUAUGAAUUUCAACACGUGCAGGUGUAUGCCACAGGUCCCAAGUUGAGAAACCCGGUCCUAGUCCCACCCGUCACUAGAGAGUGACGGCAGGGUUAAUAGGGCGAGAACAUUAAGGAAAACUUUUAAUUGGCAGGGUGCAGGAGCCAAUCAGGAAGCAGAGGUGCGGGUGGGGCAUAGCUGAAUACGCAAGGAGAAGGGAGGCUCCUUCCUCCACUUCACUGGGGGAGACAACAUGGGUUAUUCCAAUGAGAGGCCUGCGAGGCAGAGAAAAUCUUGGGGUUGUGGGGGCCUGAGGGACUCUGGAUUCAAAUUCCGAUCCUGAACCCCGAGCAGCCCAGGCGGUUUAGGCUCCACUGGAAUUCCGCAGACCCACAUCAGAGCGCGGCCUUUGUUGGAGACUGCUAACUGUCCCUGCUGGAAUUUGUGUCUCGAGUACCCGGGAGUUUCUGAUACCCUCCGCCACGCUUGAACUUAGCACCCAGUUCAGAGUGUCAGGAGGCAAGAUGGCGGCUGGGCCAAAUGGGCUUGAGGAGUGGGUGGGCAGCGCAUACCUGUUUGUGGAGUCCUCGCUGGACAAAGUGGUCUUGUCCGAUGCCUACGCUCACCAGCAGCAGAAAGUGGGAAUGUACAGGGCUCUCCGGACUGCCCUGGCAGAGAGUGGCGGGAGCCCCGAUGUGCUGCAGAUGCUCAAGAUCCACCGCAGCGACCCGCAGUUGAUCGUGCAACUGCGUUUCAGCGGGCGCCUGGCGUGCAGCCGCUUCCUCCGAGCCUACCGCGAGGGGGCGCUGCGAGCCACGCUGCAAGGGUGCCUGGCUCGGGCACUGGCCCUGAACUCGGUGCCGUUGCAACUGGAGCUGCGCGCUGGCGCCGAGCAGCUGGAUGCCUUGCUGACCGACGAGGAGCGCUGUUUGAACUGCAUAUGCGCCCAGAAGCCUGACCGGCUCCGGGAUGAGGAACUCACCGAGUUGGAGGAUGCGCUCAGGAAUCUGACGUGCGGCUCGGCGGCGGGCCAAGGGAGAGAUGUGCAAGGCACUCCAGCCCCCUCGCAGUCUCUGGCACCUUCUCCGCCGGAGGAGAAACCGCCACCACCGCCGCCUGGCCAGACUUUUUUGUUCCAGGGUCAGCCCAUAGUGAACCGGCCGCUGAACCUGCAGGAUCAACAGAAGUUCGCCCGCUCCGUGGGCCUCAAGUGGCGCAAGGUGGGGCGCUCUCUGCAGCGCAGCUGCCGCGCGCUGCGGGACCCGGCGCUGGACUCACUGGCCUAUGAAUACGAGCGCGAAGGGCUGUACGAGCAGGCCUUCCAGCUGCUGCGGCGCUUUGUGCAGGCCGAGGGCCGCCGCGCCACGCUGCAGCGCCUGGUGGAGGCGCUCGAGGAGAACGAGCUCACCAGCCUGGCGGAGGACUUGCUGGGCCUGGCGAAUCCUGAGGGCAGCCUGGUCUAGGCCGAGUACCAGAGAAAGGGGAGGUCGGUCAGUUGCCCAGUCAAGGUUUGGAGCACCUGGAUGACUGUAGGGUGCCUUCUGCUGCUACUGCUGACCUCUUGUCCACCAUGCGACUCUGAGACCACACUUAGCAACCCCACUUAGCUGAGCUGCUGGAGCUGCUGCGCAGAGAUGAUGGCGGCCCUCUCCAGGAGUCAGACAAGCACCCACCAUGUCUGAGGGGUGCCACUGGGCGUUGUGUUCUAGAUACUAGGAUAGAGACAGUGAAUGGGUCUCUAUCCUAGUAUCUCGAACAGGCGUGCUGCAAGGUCUGCUUCACCUUCUUCCACCCUAGAAGAAGGGCUUUCAGCCAGACUUUACCUCUUCAUUCAUUAUUAUUCAUUAAGGACCUGCUGUAUCCUAGGCAUCAUCCUGGGUGCUGCAAAUACUGUGGUGAACAAAACACACAAUUCUUGUCUGUCGUCAGUUCACACUCAGUGUGCAACUCUGAAUAUAAAGUAAUAAAAUACUACCCAUUUUUUGGAUGUGAAAAA